AUGGAUGUUUCUGAACAAAUUUUAGGUUGAAUUACCUGCUUUUUAUUUUUCUUUUUUCUUGAACUGAAAUUUCAGUCUCAACUUGUCAGAUGCAAAUAAAAAAUGGAGAAGAUCAGAAUACUGUGUCGGUUUCGGAGAGUGAAGGAGCUUCAGCGGAUGGAGUUCCGAUUUAUAGCAGUCUGGAAAGUCUAUUGAUUGUGAGUUGAGGUUUACGGGGCCCAAAAAAUCCCGAAUAUUUUCUAUACAAAAUUCAGUCAUUCACAAAAUAAAAAAAACCUUUUUUCGUUAAAAAAAAAACCAAAAAAAUGAUUCACGAACGGAAUUUUUAUUCAUUUUUCACCAUUUUCUCAACACACUGACAAGGAAUAGAUCCCAAUGUGACACCCUGAAAAAUUUCGGUUUUUUAUUUUUUAUUUUUUUGAAAACCUUAAUUUUCAAGCUAAAAAUGAGCUAAUUUUAAAAAAGUGACAUUUUUUGUUGGAAAAUAAUUCCACGUGGAUUUUUUUGAGAUGAACUUCAGAAUUUUCCAACGAAAAUUUUGAAACAGUGAAAUAAUUUUCAAAAUGUUUUUUUUUUCAAUCAAAAUUUCAGUGUAACAUUGAAAAUUUAAACCUGAAAUUUUGAGGAAAUUCUGAAACAGUGAGGAUUUUUGAGGAAAAUCAGAACAUAUAUCAAUUUCUGAUUUUUCACCUAAAAAUAUAGGAAAAUUUUGAAAUAGUGAGUUUUUUCAAGCAAAAAAUUUGAGCUGUUUUUUUUGCAUUGAAAAAUUUUCUAAAUGAAAAAAUAUAGAACAUUUUUGAAACAGUGAAUUUUUAAAUUACAAGUUUUUCAAAAAAAUCUUUUCUCAAAUUUCCAAGCUAGAAAUGAGAUAAUGAAAUUUUAUAGUAGUUCUGGACUCUAAAAUGCAUUUUAGCUCAACUUUAUUCAGUGUGAUGAAAAAAUGAAUAAAAAUACCGUUCGUGAAUCAUUUUUUGUGGUUUUUUAACGUUAAAAAACGUUUUUUUCGUGAAAAAAAUAUUUCGCAAUAAUUUCCUGUAGGUGAAUGAUAAGAUAAAAAAAGAAAAAAUUCAGAUUCCUCCAUCGAUGUCUCAAGAAUUAAGUGAAGCUGCUCGAUUGGCUCAACGUUCUCUAGAUAAUUGGUCGAAUAAUCGUCGACACGUUAUUCGAAAACUCGAUUCGAUUGCUCGCGAAUUGGAUGAAUGGGAGAAGAAUUGCUCAAUCUCAACAGCAGUCGGAAGUUCUGUUGGAAUUGUUAGUGGUGGAGCUGUUAUUGGUGGUCUUAUUUUCAUGCCGCCUGUUGCGAUUGCUGGGCUGAUUGUUGGAACUGUCGCCGGAGCGUCGAAUGUUGUUACUGGACUUGCGAAAUGGCAGCAUAUGAAGAUGAAGGCGAAAGAUGUGAAUGCGUAUUGUGAUCAUGAUAAAGUGUUGUUUGAAGAAUUGAUGAGAGAUCGAGAUGAACUAAUGGAAGUGAUUCGAAGAAUUAUACAAAGCGAAGAUUAUCAACGACAUUUUGAACAUAAUUUCGAUAAUGCCAAUAAUAUUAAGAAUAUUUUGGGAGCUACGGUUUUUGGUGCAGGAGGACUUGCGACUAGAUAUGCGAUUCUUGAGAUGGGAAGACUUUCGUCGUCGUUGGUCAAAGGAGUUUUGCAUAGUGUUGCGGUUAUUGGUAUUAUUCUUGAUUCGGUUACACUUGCAUUGAGUGCAAAGGUACGUAUUUUGACGCGAAAAAUUUGAAUUUCAAAAUCAAAAUUCUGCCAAAUGUGCUGAUUCACGAACGAAUUCACGAAAAUUCGAAAAAUGUCGAAGUUUUCAGUCAAAAAUGAUGACAAAUCGAGAUUUUUGAAGCUUCUGGAGUGAUUUCUGAUGAAAAUUGACCUUCAGAAGUUUUUGCUGAUUUUUAGUAAAAUAAAACAUUUUCAAAUUUUGAUGAAUUUCGAAAAAAUUCAUAAAAUGAAGUAAAAACGGUGAAAAUAACCUUCGAAAACCCUAUUUUAUCUCAUUUUAUUAAUUUUUUUCAUCAAAAUUUGAAAUGUUUUUAUUUCACGAAAAAUCAGCAAAAACUUCUGAAAAUCAAUUUUCAUCAAAAAUCACUCCAGAAGUUUCAAAAAUCUCGAUUUGUCAUCAUUUUUGACUGAAAAACCAUUUUUUCGUUUGUGAAUCAGCUUUUUCAGUUUUUUCAUGUUCUGCCACGUGGAUUUUGAAAUUUUGGACUUUUUAGCAAAGUCAACCGCAAAAUUUGAAAUCAAAAAAUUUCCACGUGGAUUCGUGGCUCUGAAAAAUUUGAUUUUGAAGUCUAUCUCAUUUUAUUCCCUUUCCAGGACUUAUCUGAAGAAAAACGCUCAAAAUUCGGCGACGAAAUUCUCGAACUCGCUGGCAAAUUGGAACUCGAUCGUCAAAAAGUUUGCAAAGAUUUUUUGAAUCAAGACGUUUGGAAUGUCGAUGAUUCGAAAACCGAAGAAGACAUGGAACGAUUGUCCGACAGUGGUUCGAUCGAAUUUGUUCAAAGAAUUCCGAGUGCACCAGUCUCAGAAUGA